UGAAGACCCGGGUUCGAUUCUCGACAGGAGUACAAUGUGUGAAGCCAAUUCCUGGUGUCCCCCGCCGUGAUAUUGCUGGAAUAUUGCUAAAAGCGGUGUAAAACCCUACUCACUCAUGCACGCCACCCAGCUCGCAGUCGGGAUAUUGAUCUAUCUUCGUUAAUUCCCCACAUUCUACCAGACGACAAAAUUUACGCUAGUCGAGCUCAGCCUGCAAUGACGGACUUUACCGAGAUGUGACGGAAUCGCCUCUGUGACGUCAUAAUGGCAACGCCGCCAUUGCUUGCGUAGCAACCAGAUUUACAUUUGGUCAAGUCUGAUAGCUCUGCCAAAAUUGUCUUUUUCCUUUUUUUACAAGCAUGAAUGAGAUUCACCUUCCAGAUUUCCAUCAUCUUCAGAACGAGGGGGAACUCAUCAACCCUUCUCGUUUCUGGUUUGAACUAAUCACUUCCCGGAUCGACAUCAAUCAUUCGUACGCCGAGAGGCUGCUCAGCUGGUGUGAAGAUUGUAAAGGCAAGCUUGACACUGUCAGUCAAGACGCAUGUUCCGAGAGUUAUGAGAUUCGUCAUCUUCUGGACUGCUACCUGAAAUCGUCCGAACAGGAGGCUAACCAUAUUCUCACCGUGUCACGUGAUCUUACCGGCCAGAACGGAUCCAUCCGAUCUCUAAAAAAACUGACGUCUACUAACAGGAGAGGCGUGUCAUCUGAGCACAAGGACCUGAGCCGGGAACUUCUGUCCCUGACUGAGAGACACAGGGUGUGCCUCAAACAUCUCCAGGACGUGAAGGAGAACGGAAUAAUGGCCAUGACUGCCUCUCACAAUUAUGAACGGAGAAUAAGCGAGUUGAAGGCUGAGCUGGAGAAGGUGGGAGUGAAGUGUAAGAGAUCCCGGCCCAGCAUGGUAGAGAAGAAAGUUCGGACUCUGGAGUCCAAGCUGUUUAAAUACGACCAGAAGAAGAGGACCCACAGAAUCCAUUACGAACGGCUAUUGAAGGAGGAGAGUGAGCUUGUGAACAAGCUGAGAAAGACCUCUGACCAUGCAUGUCAAGAAGCAUGUGCCCUGCAGAAGAGUCAGUUGGAGUCCUUGGUCUCCAGUCUCAGAGACUUUGUUGUCAAGACGUGCUCGUCUGACAACGCUGACAGGUACAGCAGUAGCAUUGGCUUAACUGUGUCACGGUGUAUUGUUCUGAAGUUCUGAUGCUCUCUCUCUCUCUCUCUCUCUC